AGCUCGUGAACGCGUAAUUGAAAAAGUUUUAAAAUCAAUAAGGGCAGGAAACAAUCGAAGUCGGAUCGUAUGACUUUAAAGGAUUUAGAAAUAGUAGUGAGCGAACUAGGGGUGUGUGACGGCGCAUCCGGCAAAAUGAUGUCCAGAACUUUUAGAUACUUCAAACUGAUGUAUAUUGUGGCGGGUAUUUUAAUGAGUAACGAAAAAGUUUGCCAAUCUGUCGACCAAAUGCAAAUCACGCCUCGUGUCGAAGUGAAGAAGAUUCUCAAGCCACAGAAAGUAUAUAAGGGAGUCGAAAAUGUAUCCAGAAAUUGGUUCCGUAGUUCCUAUUGUUUCAUAGUGAGCCGAAUUAAACGGCGAGUUUCGCCAUUAUUAAGCAUCUUCAACAUAUGGACCAUACCCAAAUACUUGGUGGACUGCUCGACAAAUUACAUCAACAAACAAUUCAUUGGCAACGAUUGUGAUAUGAUUUAUAAUAAAUAAUUUAUCUAAGCAAAAAUUAAUAUUUAAUUAUUUAAUUAAACAAAAAAUUGGUACACCUCUUGAUUACUAAAGGGAUAUAUCAAAUCUAAUUUUUAUAUAUUUUUCCUAUCAUAUACUUACUUGUGAAAAUUUUAC